GUCCCGAUUGCUGAGCCUCCACGCCGAGCCCGGCGGGGGGUGGGCGGGCACUUUCAACACCCCAAACUGUACAGAUCUGUGAUUGAAGAUGUGAUCGAAGGUGUUCGGGAUCUCUUUGCAGAAGAAGGUGUUGAGGAACAGGUUCUAAAAGACUUGAAGCAGCUUUGGGAAACCAAGGUGAUGCAGUCUAAAGCAACAGAAGGCUUUUUCAGACAUCAUUCACCCCAGUUUACCCUACAGUUGCCACCUGGCUUCCAUCGCACACUGCAGACAUCAACAGCUUCUUUAGUUAUCCCUGCUGGCAGAGGUAUUCAGCACUUCACAACAGCAGACUUGGGUGCUUCACGAGCCAGUGCAACUCUUACUCUCCCUUCGGGCAUUGCAUAUCCUAUCCAUGUCCCAGCAGGAGUGACACUACAGACUGCUUCUGGCCAAAUCUAUAAAGUAAAUAUGCCGGUUAUGGUUACACAGGCCCCAGGAGGUGCAAGUAUUCUGCAGCAUCCUAUUCAGCAAAUCUUUCAGCAACUUGGGCAGUCUUCUGUCUUGCAGGCCAAUAUUGCCAGUGUUGCACAGUUGAACACAUCUUCUGUUCAAGCAGCUGCUGAAAAAGUGCAGACCCAAGACAUCCCACUUCAACAGACCACUGUUCUGCAGCAAGGCACGGUAGAAAGGAAACAACUAGAAAAUUCUGCAAAUGUUACUUUGGAACAGCAGCCUCCUCAGAGUCAGCAGCAAGUUACAGCUAACACCAUGUUAAAUCAGCAGGCAAGCUCAAUGGAAAAAUCUCCAAACUCUGAUCUGCACACAGCUGUGUUUACUUCAAAAUCCCCUGAAGUGGAUUCUACUACUGAACUGGUGGCAGACAACACAUUUCCCAUACCUCAGGAUAUGGAAGGGCAGGUAUCCCCGGUGUGCCAGGAUUCAGUGCAACAGCAGGUGUCUGAUGAUAUCAUUGAGCUGAUUAUUAUGGGUAAUGGCUUGGAUGAUAACCCUCUUCUAAAGGAUCAGGACAACAUUUCCAGCAUUGAAGAGAUGGAACCUACCAUGCAGAUAGACUCUGAGAUACAGACAGAGCAGGUCUGCAGUGGCCUUGAAGGGAUCAUUCAGCUAGAUGGCACUGGUGAUGUUUCUCCUAAAGAGGAAAUAGAAAGCCCAAGAGAUGUCGAAGAAAAUGAAUUCAUUGGCAUUAUUGACUCGGAGGAUCUGAAAGUGCUGGAUGAUGAUGAGGAAGAUGGUGACAGUAUUUCAAACAGUGAAUCCAGCAGCAGUAGUGAUACUGAAGAGCCCCCAGUAGACAUAAUUGAAGAGGAUCCUUUAAAUUCCGGUGAUGAUGUCAGUGAGCAGGACACCCCAGAUUUGUUCGAUACAGACAAUGUAAUAGUUUGUCAGUAUGAUAAGAUUCAUCGAAGUAAGAACAAAUGGAAGUUCUACUUGAAAGAUGGAAUAAUGUGCUUUGGGGGUAAAGACUAUGUCUUUGCAAAAGCCAUUGGAGAUGCAGAAUGGUAAAAUCUCACUGGAACACAUGAGGCAUAAUUUUCUUUAUUAUAAAAUAUUAUGUGAGCUUCUGUGAGGAGAUACUAAACUCGCAUUAUUUUUGCAGUUGAAAACAAAACUGCAUUUGUUGAAUAAAAUACCAGAGGUCUAAUGUUUGUUUUGUGUUGCUAAUACGUGCAGAUUGACUAUGUUCAAUGUUCUGUUGCCUCUGCUGUGUUGUUUUCUCAUCAUUUCUUUAUGCUUCUUUCUGGUGGAGACGUAAUCCAAAUGAAUAGCUUUAAUUAAAAACCAAAGUUUUGGAUAUACUAGUAACUUAAAGAAGAUUCAUGCAAUAAACUUUAAGUUACUAAUAGACUUCUAAGUAUCUUUGAGUUUUAUCUUUCUGUUGUGGGUUAAAGUCUAAUGUAUUUAGUAUAAUGCAUUUAAAAACAAGGCCGCUAUGCUCCAAACUAAUACUAGCUAACAUCUGUAAAAGAUUUUAAGAGAUGCUGCCAUGUUUUUGUUGUGAUUUUAUUUUUAAUUUGCAUUUGAAAUACAAGGAUGUUCUGUUGGGCUGGAGGUAGGAUGCAAUCUAGACUGCUUGGUUAGAAGGCCCUGGAGUUGACCAAACUUGAACUGUCAUCAAUUUACACACUCCUAUGGAAAAGACUCCCAACAUAUGCUGAAGUUUAUUGCAUAAGUUAAUUUUAUAAGGAAAGUAAGUUAUUGUUAAUCUUUAACUAAGUCAUAUGACUUCUGUACAUACUCCAUUACAUUUUGAACAUGCCAGUAAACUGUGAGUGAUACAAAUUGACUGCACCUAAGGGUGGGAGAUAAAAAUGCCAUCUCACUCACAUUUCUAUCAAUGAUUUUUUUUUUUUUUUCUUUUCUGUUCUUGAAUGUGAAGCAUAUUUCAGGAAAUGUACAUGAGCCACAUAUGAAUUGGUGAUUAAAACCCACCAGCUGAGGAAGACUUGUAUCCCUCUCCCAAAAACACUCCAGGUCCUUUGCUUAAGACUAUCCUUUAGUCAGUGAUUCACGGGGGUACUCUUACCCUAGCCAUCCUCAGAUGAAGCUUUCUUUUGGCCAACUCCUGUUCCAUGUAUGUGUUUAUCCCAUGGGUUUUCUGCCUAACAGGCAUGGAGAGUGUGCCUUCCAAGAUCUUGUGGUGGAACUUUCCUGUCUAUUAUGUGGAUAGCCAUUUGUCAGUCAUAUGCGUGCUUUCAGUCAGUUCUAGCUACAUUGCUUUUCAAGGGUUAUAAACGUAUAUAUCCCAGUGCUUUCUUUCAUUGUCUAAGCAAACCUUUACUAUCUUGCUUGAGGUGACUUGUAUCUGUGGAGCCUUGUGCUAAGUUUUUUCUGAGGUUGGUGCAUGGGUAGGUGUGCAUGUAUCCAUAAAGAUGGCUCGUCUAGGUAGACUCAAGGACUCCUAAUUGCCUUGUGAGUAUUCCAUCUAAUACUGUAUGGAGUUUCCUUCUACUUUAUGUACAUUAACAUCUUAAGUUCAAUAAACUCAAGUACAGGGAGUAGUUUUGCCCUUGUUUUGUGGACGUUAUUCAAAAGGGGAAUCAUAAUAGAAUAGAGGAGUAUAGGGCACUAUGGUAGCUUGCCAUACGUUGUCUCAUGGAGAAGGGGAAGAUUCUGUUAUCCAAAUGGGGAAACAGUACAGGCACCAUUGAAGAUACCACUGUGUAUGGCAGAAUCUCCAGCCUUGGACAGGAAACAAAGGGGCUGAGAAGCUAUACAGGUUUGAGAGAAUGAAAAUACUAAUUUCUGAGGGAAGUAGGAGAUGGAAUUGAAGUCAGUUGCAAGAUUGUAAGCAUCUUAAUGUUCAAACUCCUGAACUGAUUCUAGUACAGGCUUCUAAAAUGGUGUGUUUUAUGGAGGUUUUUUCUUUUACUUUUUGACAACAAGCAGCACCCUAGUAUUUAGUCCACAAACUAGAGAUCACUCAGGACCUUGUAAGAAGGAAAUUACAGCAAACUUGAUUUUGGUCAAUGUUACCUCUAACUCAAGGAUUUUUAGCUACAGGAAUUUUUCUUCUCAAUGUGCUCAGUCAAGAAAUUGCCAUUCAGAACACCGUCUGGAGUAGUCUGACCAGUUAUCUUUGCUAUCUAGUAUGUUUCUUUUUCUCUGAGCAAGUUGCUGUUGCAAUGUUUUUGACCUCUUAUCUUUGAUUAUAGCAAACAGAUUGUAGGUAGGGCUGUGGUAGGGAGAAGUAAAUAAUAGCAGCUGUAUCAAUAAUUGAUUCAUCCCAGUACAUGUACUUGUUUUUAGUUCUGUCUUUGCUGUAGAUAUAUACAAUAGUAUUGGAAAUGAGCAUGUCAACAUUUUAGCAUAAAGAAGGGAAGUUUACUAAGAAACAGAUGGAAUAAUAAGCAACUUGAAUGGGAACUUUUAGCAUUAAUCUAGAUACCUUUUAAAGAUUGUUUUAAUUUGCAUGCUUUUUAUGUAUAGCAAACCUGGUGUAAAUUUUUUACUAGCAGUCAUUUCCCAAGGGACAUGCUUCAUGGUAGGUACUGAAAAAAUGAUUUGGACAAUUCUGAUGCUUGCACAUAAUGAUAUACUACAUUGUGUGGAUUUCUUUUCUUUUUAGGGUAGUUCUGUAAGCUGGUACCAUCAGGUUUUCUAUAUCACUCUUCCCACUGUUUAAAAUUCCCUGGAACAAUGACUAUCUGCUGGACAAUAAGCACAAGUGUUCCUGUAAACUAAGAAAUUAAUUGAUAUAUCCCCAUCAAUAGGUAGUAUACAGUGCAAGUUCAAAUAAUCAGUUACAGCAUGUGAGCUUGAGACUUAUUUUGGCAUGUAACAGGUCUUAUGCAGGUUUCCCUGGUCUAACACAGAUACAUAGCACUUGCAUUUGGAAUUUAAAGACAGUUAAGUUUCAGAAAUGUAUCACUAAUCAACAGGGCCCAUUACCAAUUUCUGUCUAAAACUUUUCCAGCUCCUCUGAGCACUAUACAUUGGUACCUUGGAUCCUCUGUGCAUCAAGAAAUACAUCAGGUGGCAACACUGACUUGGCUGUUAAACAAAUGGUCUUUCAACUUUUGUUCACACUAUGCUAUCACUUUUUCAUUCUCAAACCACACUUGACAUGCUCAUGGAUAUUGUUAUGCCUGUUUAUGAAAACUUUUUCCAAGUACAAAGAUGGCCUAGAGCCCAAGCUUUGAAAACUCAGAAGUGUUAAUUAGAACUCAUAAAAUGUUAAAAAUGCCAAAAUGUUAUCAUUUAACUCAAAGUAAAGCAAGAAUCUGCUGUGUCAUUCACUGGCAGUGAAAAGUGUCCAUUAGAACUGGAGCAUUUACUUUUACAAUGACAAUCAUUAUAAGGUUUGGACUGAGGAGGAAAGUAAUAGAUUUUGUCAUUUCAAUAAAAUACCAUCUCUUUUC